CGCUGCGUUGCUGUGUUGAUCAGCGCUGGAGAGGCGGAAGGGGCUGGUGAUUCUGUUAUUAUCGGUAACAGAUAUCCGAGUCCAUCUGUGUUUGUGUGUGGACUGGACGACGCGAUAUUGAGGCGGAGAGCCGCUGCUAAAAGCGCCAGGAUGUUGAAUAUGUGGAAAGUCAGGGAGUUGGUGGAUAAAGCCACCAACGUGGUGAUGAACUAUUCAGAGAUAGAGUCCAAGGUUCGAGAAGCCACCAAUGAUGACCCCUGGGGCCCAUCGGGUCAGCUCAUGGGUGAGAUCGCCAAAUCCACGUUUAUGUACGAGCAGUUCCCUGAAGUGAUGAACAUGCUCUGGACCAGAAUGCUUAAAGACAACAAGAAGAACUGGAGGAGAGUUUACAAGGCCUUAUUACUAUUAGCGUACCUCAUCAGAAACGGGUCAGAGCGUGUGGUCACCAGCACCAGGGAACAUAUCUAUGACCUGCGCUCUUUGGAAAAUUAUCAUUUUGUUGAUGAAAAUGGGAAAGACCAGGGCAUUAAUGUACGGCAAAAGGUCAAAGAAAUGGUAGAGUUUGUCCAGGAUGAUGACCGGUUACGUGAGGAGAGGAAGAAAGCCAAGAAGAACAAGGACAAAUACAUCGGAGUGUCUUCAGACAGCAUGGGAGGAGGCUUCAAACAAAGUAACUCGGGAGAACGGUUUGACUCGGAAUCCAAAAGCAAAUGGGAGGAGGACUGGGACAAAAACAAGAGCAGCUUCCCCUUCAGUGAAAAACUCGGUGAGAUUAGCGACAAAAUUGGCAGCACCAUUGAUGACACUAUCAAUAAAUUUCGCAAGAAGGAGAGGGAGGACUCGCCAGACCAUAUCAGUGACAACGAGGAGGAGAAAGUUUCACGGAACGGUCGACCUGCGAAGUCAGAGUUCAAUGAUGAAGAGACUGUAACAACCAAGAGCAUCCAGAUCACACAGACCACAGACAGCAUCACCUCCACCACCACCACCACCACCUCCACACGCAAACGUGGCGGUGUCCCAUCCAAAACGGUUGACCUGGGCGCGGCUGCUCAUUACACUGGUGGCAAAAGCAGUCCAGAUUCUGACAACACAUUGACAUUAGUCAGUCAAUCAUCUAACACAGGGCUGACCGAUCUGUUGAUGGUGGACUCUGGCUCAAGUCAACCCGUGUCUUCAGGUGGAAGCUCAGACCUCAUUGGUGACUUUGCAGAUUUUUCCUCACCUGCUGCCUCUGCCAGUCUUCCGUCAGCUGCUGGUUCACUGGCCACUGGUAAUGGUGAGUUUGGUGACUGGAACGCCUUUGCCUCCACCAGUCCUCCAUCCUCUGCUGCUCCAUCUGCCAUCUCAGACCUGUUCAGUGACGUGUCCACUCCAACCGCACCCACAUCCACCCAACCACCUUCCGCUGACCUCUUUGACCUGAUGGGCCCCAACAACAGCAGCCUCAGCGCAUCCCAAAGCAUGACCUUCAGCAUGUGCCCACAGACUGCAGCCAUGCCAAUGUCCAGAUCACAGACUUUAGGGGGUCCAUUACUAGCCCAGCAGAUGGGGCUACAGAAGUCAGGGGGGAAGCUAUCAAUGCCUGCCACCUGGUCAGACCCAAGCGUGAACAUCAACCUGGAUUUCCUGUCUGCAGGCCUGAACCCUCCCAAGCCUACACAGCCCACACUCAAUACCAUGAUGCAGCAAGGUGUCCAGCCGCCCUUGAACAUGGUCACGCAGAAUUUUGUUGGAAUGACACUCAACGCUCAACCCUCAGCGCUUCCUGCCAGAGCAGGAAUGAACCCCAUGAUAGCCGGAGGGACCUCGGGCAUGGGAAUGCCUCCUGCUGUGGCAACGGGCACCAUGGGAAUAGGUUCUAUGGGUAUUGGAGGAAUUCCCGUCAGUCAAGGACUAAUAGGCAUGAACAUGGCACCCACUGGCAUACCCCUUCAAGGUGCCCUUGGCAUGCCUAGCAUGGGCAUUGGCCAUGGUAUAAAUCCCGCCAUGGUGCAACCUAAACAAGAUGCCUUUGCAAACUUUGGCAACUUUGGGAAAUGAAAGGCGUUUCGCUCCGAGGGGGUUCUCGGUUCCAAAUAAACCUUCGAGAAAGAAGGAGCUGCAUCCAGUAAAAUGGACAAAACUGACAAAACUAGCCAGUGUCAUGACAAUUCAAUCAUCUGUCCUGAUACAUUUAACAGAAAACAUAAAUCUGCUUUUCUUUUGUGCGGGGUAGGUGAUCGAAGGGUGGAAUGUUUUUGUAAAUGGUGCAAACAAAGCAUAUUAUGUACUUUUAAAGGAAAACAGAUGGCUGUGUCCUGUGCAGUUUGGUACAUUUUCCACUGUUUUAAAAUCCAGAAACCUCAUACACAUUAUGUAUUUCGUCAUGCCCCCUUUCACCAUUUUAAGUACGAUUGAGUUCAGAAAUUACCUAAUAAUUUACAUUAUUCAUGUUGUGAUUGAGACUGUGAAGGCUUGACCGUGUAAAUAUAUCAGUGUGCAAAAAAAAUUAGUAUAUUCAGUUCUCAGAUGGUAUAAGAUGGGCCAAACAGGUCCUUUAAUAUUUGGUUGCUGUUUUUAUUUUCAGUUCGAAUUAUUACAGAUACACAGUCCUUGAUUCCAUUAUCACUCCAACAAUCUGCAAUUGCAACCUCUGGCUUGUACAGAAGUCAGGAAAUAUGGUCAGCAUUUUUACAGACUAUAUCUGUACUAGGUAUACUUUCAAGACUUUUGUGUAGCAAGCUGCCUGACCAUAAAUCGAAGUGUGACUGAAGGUGCAUUGGGUGCCUUUUUAUAUGGAAGUGAUCUACGUAAAGCUUGUAAACAAUACUUGAUGAAUUGCUAUCUUGCAACAAUCAUGAGAUGUCACUCCAAAACUGUUACUACUGAAGAGAAAAGGUGUGUUACAUAAAAAGCGUAAGCCAUUACAGUUUGGGCAAUAGGGCAGGGGAUAGAGAAUCUUAAUGUGAAGAUUACUGUGAGUAACUUGGGUGAGAACAGAGGUCUGAUUCUAAUAUUUCUCGACUUAAGCCACACAAAUGCAUUUGUCGGUGGUAGCAAGAGCUGUUACACAUUUCCAGCAACUACUUGAAUUGGUGUUUAUGAUGCCUCAUAAUAAACAUCAUAUCUGUUAGUGCUUUCUUGCAUGAAUGUAGUGUCUCAAGUUUAUAGUCUCAAGCAUUGUUCCGGGUCAGUGUUACUUUUAUGAAAUGUCUGUCACAAGAUUGCUACAGAAUAACUGAAGGCAUUGUGAAUAGUAUGGUCACUUUGAUUUUUGAUUUUGUUGUUUUGGUUUUGUCCAUUUUCCCGUAUGCUGCUUUACACAAACGAGGGGGGGGGCUUCAUCAGGCACUAAGACAUUAUGUUCAAAAUGACCAAAUCUUUAUUUUAUUACUAUUUAGAUUUAUUCCAUAGUGGUUUAGUUUCUUAUUUUAAUACUUAACAUUAUACAGAGAGAUCCUCUGCUUAUAAACAUUGUUUUAGACAUGGACAAAUUAUUGCAUAAACACUUAUUAGUUUCUGCAAAUGUAAAGAGAACAUGAGAUCAAGCGCCUCUUUCAUUCUAGUUUCUUUUCAUAAAUCUUUUUAUGAUUUUAUUGUACUCAAAAACUUUGUUUAACAUUAAACAAUUUCAUCAAAAAUCUAA